ACCCGCGACUGGAUCGCCGGUGAGGCUUGCAAUAAAUCUGCUUUAACGAAGCGGUGCAGGCUGGUAGCUGUAUCGAAGACGAAGCCAGCGGAGCUCAUUGCUGCUUGCUACGAAAUUGGACAACGACAUUUUGGAGAGAAUUAUGAGUUGGAAGAAAAGUCAAAUGCUCUCCAAAAUCAGUGCCCUGAAAUCAAAUGGCAUUACAUUGGCAAAAUCCAAUCCAAUAAGAUAGGCAAGAUAUGCUCAUCGCCCUCUCUGUAUUGCGUUGAAACUAUCGAGUCGGCAAAACACUGGUUGUCGAUAGAGGAUGCUCCCGAUCUUGCUUGUUAUAUAGCCGAUCACUGUUCUAGCUUACGCUUUGCUGGUUUUAUGACCAUUGGCUCUUUUGACCACAGCCAUGUUGUUCCGAAUCCUGACUUUGAUCGCCUGUAUCAAGUCAGGGAAGCAUGGGCGAAGAGAGUGUCGCGUUCUCCUGAUGAGGUGGAACUUUCUAUGGGUAUGUCCGACGACUUCGAGACUGCGAUUGCCCAAGGGAGCACGAGCGUACGCGUCGGAAGUAAAAUAUUUGGGCCAAGAUUGUACAAGUCCGCGUGA